UGAUGUGUAAUGUAAAAUAAAAAGUACCGUAAUUCAAAGAACAGCACGCAUUUCUUUUUCAUUUAGCCACACCCUUUGAGCUAUGACGCCAACCAAUAGCGUCCUUUCUCUUCAGUGUAAACGGAAGUAAACUAUGACCAAUAACUAUUUCCAAGUUAGCGUUUUUCUUGUUGUUAUUUAGACGUUUAUUAACACCAUGGAAUUCAAAAUAUGACACAUUUAACUGCUCAGCAUCACAUACUUACCCCGUGUAGUCUUUAAUUUGCGUUGGAAACAGGACUUGGUUGAUAGAUAGUAUAUAGGUGACGCUAGCUAGCUGCUAACAAUGGCUAACUGUAUGGUUUUUCACACUCAAAUAGCCUCCGUUAUGGAGAUGCUAGCGAAUGCAGCCGUGGCAGAGAUCUGUAAACUCGUAGACGACGACUAUGCAGUGUUUCGUUUGGAAAUAGCUCAAAGCCAGAAAGAAAACAGGGCAUUGCGGAGGAAAUUACAGCUACAAGAACUGAAGGUGGCACGGGAGCGCGUCCUCGCCAGUCGUCCCAGUAGUGUCAAGCUUGUCAACCGAUACAGAGGAAUGGCAAGAGGUGAAGGAAAUCUCACUGGAGGCCACAGGAGCUUUGUGAAGCCAAUGGGACACAAUACAUGGAGAGACGACCAACCAAUCACUGUUGAUGAGGGGAAUGGAACCUCAACCCAGCACGUUAUUGUGAUAGAGUCUGCAGAUACAGAGGCUGCAGGUCCUGGAGUCAAGCAGGAGAUGUCUGAAGGAGAGGAGGAUCCACGACACAGCACCAACAUCCAGACUGGAGCGCCCCAUAUAGUCACGAAGGACCCCAACACCACCCCAGUGCAGCCCAGGGACAUCAGUAGAACGCCGAACGCCAUCCUCAAGUCUGAGACAGAGACUUUAACGAGGCUGGGGAGACUGGGCUGUCCUACUCCCCGCUCAGAGUUUUUACUUUACGGUAACCCGAGCCAGAGGACAGUUCUGUCCCAUCGGGACUCAGGUGAUGCGUUACAGACUGGCAAUGAUCCGACCUGUUCAUACGCUACAGAGAUGAUACCUGGUGACAUGCCUGUGGGCUUAGAUACACCGACUAAUCCAAUAAGAGGGGACUGGAACCAGUACAGUAGUAGCGUAUACUCUGAAGGGUUCCUAGAUAAGAAAGGGGAGGGUCUCGUCGUAGAUGAGGUGACUGUGAAAGAGGAGGGAGACGCUCCUCUGACAUGGAAUGAAGACGAGACUCAUUUAGGAGGACAGUCUCAGGGCAACACUAGUGACUUCUUAGACUACAGGGAAAGCUUAGAGCCAAAUCCAAAUAUCGCAGCCCACUCCCCUUUACACGCGCUCAGGGAUCGCGACCCAGUGUCCACGUCGAUGGCACCUUUCAAUUCACACGGCCGCAUCCUUUUCGAUCAGGUAUUGAACUCAAACGACAAGACUAGAGUCCAGGCUCGGGAAGUGGGAGCAACAUCUGGCGGUAGUAAAGAGAAACGGUUCUUCUGCAUGUUCUGUAACAAAGGUUUCAACUGCCCCCAGAAGGUGGAGAUCCACCAGAGGGUCCACAUAGGAGUGAAACCUUUCAGCUGUAGCCAGUGUCAAAUGCGCUUCUCCCAGGCUUGGAACCUGAAGAUCCACCAGAGGGUCCACACAGGGGAGAAACCUUACAGCUGUAGCCAGUGUCACAUGCGCUUUGCCCAGACUUGCAACCUGAAGAGGCACCAGAGGGUCCACACAGGGGAGAAACCCUACAGCUGCCCCCAGUGUGAGAAGAGGUUCUCCCAUCAGCACCAGCUGAAGAUGCACCUGAAGGUCCACACGGGAGAGAGGGCCCAGUAUUACCCCCAGACUAGCAGUAACGAGUCCUGACCUCAAUUUAAUUCCACGUGACUAACGGUAACUAGGCUACUCCAAAACUGCGCUCUGUAAAUGAAUGGCGCUGAUGGGCGUUAGAAGCCUGCAAACUUGCUAACAGCAUCAAUUCGCUAAUAGCCUGAUACUCAGCGCUCUAGUUAACAUGAUAAAGUGUUGCAUUCUGAAAAUGCAGGUGUAUUGACCAUGGUAUUCAAUUUCAAGUUCCACAUUUUUGUUAUUUAAAUAGACUCACUGCUAAACUCAGCAAAAAAGAAACAUCAGGACUGGCAAAAAGUGCUCUUCGCUGACGAGUCAUGCUUUUGUCAUGCUUUUGUCUCACCAGGGGUGAUGGUCGGAUUUGCAUUUAUCGUCGAAGGAAUGAGCGUUACACCGAGGCCUGUACUCUGGAGCGGGAUCGAUU